AGGCUGUGGGUGUCGUACAUCUCCACGCGGAUGAGGUGGGGGAAAGAGGAGCUUCUGAAAAGAGAACUUGAUGUUCCUCCCUGCUGCCACACUGCCACUUUCUUGGCCUCUACCCUGGGCCAGGGUGGGCAGUGGCAGGUGGCUUGGCGCUGCAUGGAGCCAGCAAGUCGACCCCCAUUGCAGCCCCCUGCUCAGGGACAGUGGACACAUUGCCUCCUGGGACAUUCUAGGUUGCUGGGUCCAUGGGGAGGAGUUGGGGGAGGUAGCAGCAAUCCCCUCCUCCUGGUGUGGGGUGAGGGCUUUCUCUUCUCAGUGCCUGCUGUCUUUUUACUUUUUAAUUUAAAUACCCAACCUCUCCAUCACAGCUGCAUCCCCGGGAGUGGGAGGGGGCUGUGGUGGCAGCUGCCCACCCCCGCACCCCCCCAGGAACGACUAGGGGAACUCUCAUUUCCAUCUUUACUCUUCAGAGAGCAGUCCUUUCUCUGUGCAGCUGACAACACUGGUGAGCAGAGCUGGGUCCAGGUUCUUAAGAGUCAGCACGAGGAGGGGGCUCUCAGGUGCUUCUGGGUUUGGGAUGAGCAAGCCCACACAGACGGGGAGUGCAUCUGUACCACCGUGAGCUUCCAGCCCCCACCCCAUCCCUCUCUGGCCUCCCAGUGUGUUAAGUGCAAUGAACUAUUUAAGAUAAACUCUUUCCACCCUUGCCAGUUUGGGGCUUAUCCAAGCUCUGCCUCCCUCCCCCUCUGUCCAAGCUGCCUGAACCAUGAGCUCAGCUUGAGAAGGAAGGUUUUGGGUUGAGGGCCUGUGAUCAGAAAAACCGAAGAUGGAAGUUUUAGGCGGUGCUGAUGUAUCAGACGUGAGGCCUCACCCUGUGCCCUGAGCCUGUGUCAUUUUUUUCUUCCAAUCUUCCUCCCCACUACACUUAUCCCAGAUAUGACAACAUGUGGUCUGAAGGUCCCAGUCCCAUGCAAAAAGAUUGUCCUGCCAACACCACCAGAUUUGGGGGCCCAAGGGCAAUGCCUGGUGCCGUUCCCAGCUGCUGUCCCCCUUCUUUCCUGCAAUCGGUUUGUACUCAUUGGGCUGUGCUCUCUCUUCCCUGUUUACCUGAUACAUGGAAAUAAAUGUCCUCUUCCUCCUGGCUA